AUGAAUGACAGCGCCGACAUCCCGUCAAUUCGCGGGGUGUUGCACCAGCAUCAGCACCGAGGACACGUUGAAACAGCAACAGCACCGUCUUACUAUGACGGCAAGCUGCGUCCUGCGCAGAUACCACGCGGUAUUGGAGACCAGCUGCAGCCUGCUCGCGUGGAUGGGAGCCAGGGCAGCACGCAGAGUGGCUAUUGCGGACUAGCUUCGAGUUCCGGUGAUGGCGCGGAGCAAAGUAACACUUACGUUCCGGAAACUCGAGACUUAGGGCCAACAGGGAUAGAGCAGCCACUGCCGGGGAGUGUGCCGGAUCCGCGUCAAGAACCGCCGGACGGCGGUAGCGCCUAUGCUUCGGACUAUAUGCGACAGGGACGGUAUGCAGGGGACCAGCAGCAGAUCAAAACAGAACAAUCGGUCUCAGAUAUGCGGGUUAACGGGUCGUCGACGUCGCCUCUUCCCAAUUCGUCCCAGACAAUAUCAGGUCAGAAGAGAAAUGCUUUCGGUGAGAUCAAAUCUCCGUCAGCAGAUAUAGCAUCACCUGGUCAUGGCGUAGACGGCUCUGCGGGGUACCGUUCUAGAAGCGUUAGCUCAGCCUCGCAUGAAAACAGGAUUGCAGCGUUGUCUGUGCAACUCCGCACUCGUCUUUCGCAUGCUGCAGCCAAGGUUGAGAAAAACCGACAGUCUCAGGAUUUGUGCAGUAAAAGUCCAUUACAUGCGUUGCGAGGCACAAUUCCCGCUCUUUCGUCGACAUCACCUGUUAAUAACGGGAAACAACUGGAUGUCGGUAUAGGGCUUGAUGAUCGUCCGGAUGACACCGCAGCCUCCGCUUUCAAUCGAUCUGCAACCUACAACUUUCAACCUCCUAAUGGUCCACCACGAAUUUCUGAAGCAUCAUCAUCCUACUCCAAUGCACACUCGACACAACCAACGUCGCAAUAUUCACCUAGGAAAUCACAGCAAGCCCCGAAACUCGCACCACCUGUAGAUAUCAUUUCUGGCUGGGGUAGCGGUCGCCGUCGCCGUCCUAAUCCUAAUGAAUGGGCCCAACCUCCACGAAUUAAUCCGCCUUCUCGCCACCGACGACAUCACUCACAGCUAGAAUUUGGGGUAUCAAAACCAUAUUUUGGACAUGCUAUCCAUGCUAUUCCCGGAACACCUUCUCUUCGACCACCAUAUGAAUACCCAACAUCCACCCCUUAUAAUGGCCACACAAGGCUACCAACUAAUUCGAAAGAAUCAUCAAUGGAACAAGAUGCCAUUGAAACUCUCCUCUUCAUGUCCAGUCCGGAGAAUUCCGGCUACCGUUCUAACACACAACGACAGAACACGAUAUGCAACAGCAUUGACAGCUCAAUGGGCAGCGGCUCGAGCUCCACUAGCAACACAAAUCUUUACCUUAAUCGUCAUAUGAAUACGCAUUGCAACACUCGCCCACCUGCAUUAGAUUCGGACGAUCAAUCCCGACAUAACGGCCUGGAAGCACAAGCUGGAGAUGAGAUCGAUCGCAUGCUCGACCAGAUGGGAGACAGCGAUAGCGAAGAUGAAAAAAGAUUUGCAUCUGCCCAUUCGAGAAGCCAUACCGUAGCGAAUCAUUCGCGAGGGUGUAAUGGCUUGUCUGGGUCAUGA